AUGAACGCUUUGCGGAUUUUCCUGCUGGUUUUAAUGGCACCGAUCGCACUCCGUGGACACAUGGAAUUCAACAACGUGAUCUGUCUUGUACGGGACAAAAAGUUUAUGGACUUUGAAUAUUGCUACCUAAAGUCUUUCAAUCGCACCUACAAGUACCUUUCGCUAAAAACGAAAUUGUACCAUCUACCCAUCGUGAGCUGCGUGACCAAGGUUCAGUUGAGGAUGCGCGAGAACCGGAGAAUCCUGUACAACAUCGAUUUCAAGGUGGAUGCCUGCAAGUUCCUCCGGGACCCCGACAAGCACUUGCUCGCCAACUGGGUUUACCAGACCUUCGCGCCCUACUCGAACAUGAACCACACCUGUCCCUACGAGCAAGACAUCGUGGUGGACAAGUUGCCUGUGCAUCACGUGAACACCAUAGUCCAGACGAUCAUUCCCGAUGGGAGAUAUUUCAUGAACACCACCUGGAUGACUUCGGGCAUUGCGCGCGCCGAAGUCCUUAUCUACUUAACCAAAAGUUGA